UUAUUUUCCCGUUUCGAUCGGAUCGAGCAGAGAGUUUCGGCCCGAUAUCACGUAAACAAAAAUCAAGUGAUCACAUGGAGGAGUCAAACAGAGGAAUCUUCUAGUCAUCACGAGUCUAUAAAAUACGCCGUCACUUCAUUCACACAUCAUUCUUCUCGUUCGCUACCAAAAUUCAAAAAACUUGCUCAGAAAGUUAGAUCGAGGAAUGAAUAUGGCCGGAAAAUUGAUGAAGGCUGUUUGGUACGAUUCUUAUGGCGGAGGUUCUGCUGGUUUGAAGCAUGUUGAGAUCCCCAUUCCUUCCCCUGGAGUUAAUGAGAUUCUGUUGAAAAUAGAAGCAGCAAGCAUAAAUCCAAUCGACUGGAAAAUUCAGAAAGGCAUGGUUCGCCCUUUUUUGCCCAAAAAGUUUCCUGUCAUACCAGCUGGUGAUGUAGCGGGAGAGAUUGUAGAAGUUGGAUCUGGAGUCAAAAAAUUUAAAGCCGGUGACAAAAUCGUUUCCACCCUUGGGACUGCAGGUGGAGGGUUUGCAGAGUAUGCGGUGGCUAAGGAGAAUUUAACGGUUUCUAGACCGCCAGAGGUCUCGGCUGCAGACGGUGCGAGUCUAGUCAUCGCAGGGUGCACCGCUCUUCACGCCCUAACCGUAACCGGAGGUAUAAACCUCGUCAAAACCCAACCGCGCUUAAACAUCCUCGUAACCGCCGCGUCAGGUGGCGUGGGCCACUACGCGGUCCAACUAGCAAAACUAGGAAACACACACGUGACCGCAACAUGUGGGGCCCGUAACAUCGAGUUUGUGAACAGCCUAGGAGCCGAUGAGGUGCUGGAUUACAAGACUCCGGAAGGUUCCUCCCUUAAAAGCCCAUCGGGCCAGAAGUAUGAUUUGGUGAUCCAUUGUACAACUGGGAUCCCGUGGUCGACAUUUGAGCCCAAUUUGAGCCCAAAUGGGAAAGUGAUUGAUUUGACACCUAGUGGUGGUGCGUUUUGGACUUAUGCUGUGAAGAAAAUUACGUUUUCAAAGAAGCAACUACAGCCGUUGCUUGUGGUUCCAAAAGCUGAAGAGAUUGAGUGCCUUUUGAAUUAUGUGAAAGAAGGGAAAUUGAAAACUGUUAUUGAUUCGAGGUAUCCGUUAAGUAGGGCUGAAGAGGCUUGGGAGAAGAGUAUUGAAGGACAUGCUACGGGGAAAGUGGUUGUGGAGCCGUAAACGUAAAUAUGAAACAAGUUAUACAUGUUUUCUAAGAAAGAACUUAUUACAUAUAAGUGUUUGUUUCAGACAUUUUUUUUAAUAUUUGAUUUGAUGAGCGUAAUUGGGCAAAGAACUUAAUUGAUUUGGACAUAUUUAUGUUUUUUUUACUUAAUAAAUAAAGUGAGACUAUGGUUA